UGGCAUCAGUAAAGCAGUUUCUUCAGGGGAUAGUGAAAGAACUUGACGAGCAAUCACCAUGAAAUUCGCUGCCCUAAUUCUGUUAUCACUCGGUGUUCUUGCGACAGCUGACUUGCACGCUGGAGAACGUGAAGCAGGGGAUGUCCUGGUGGCGUCUAAACCCAUUGUUCGGAAAGCAGCUCCUGGACGUCCUGGAGUUGCCAUCCAGGGGCUCGGAUCACCCGGCAGAAUCACAGCCGUUAAUGCAGUCAACAAUGCUGGAUCAAACGCUACGGUGAGAAUUGUCGGAGGCGGACCAGGCCAGAGGAAAGUUAUCCUGCUAGCUGUUAGUCCAUUUGGCCAGGGUAUCAAUGUGACAGUUGACGUUUACGCUGUAGUUCCCAACUCCAACGGCACAACUCCACGACCACCACCACCUCCACCACCACCUUCCAACAGUACGCCAGUUUUCCUGGACAUCUAAUAAUCAAUAUAUAGUUCGAAUACAUUAUAAUUACUGCACUCACUAGAGAUGCCUUCUAUCUAAUUCUUCAAUAAACAUUACUGCAAAUUUA